AUGGGUAAUAAAACAGGAAAAAACUUUUUUUCUCAAUUAUGGAAAAGAAGUUCUACAAAUUCUUCAAAAUUCUUUCUAACAAUACCAUCAAAUGAGCAGAUAGCUCUUGAGACAUUUUUGCUCGUCUGGCUGGAUCCUCACGUAAAUACAAGUGAUGAGAAUAGAGAAACUCAAGUUAAAUUACGAAAAGUUCUCACGUGUUUGUACACAUUUGACAAUGUCACGACAUGCGAAAAAUGGCUCAAAGAAUAUGAUGCCAAUGAAAAACUCAUAUUAAUUGUAUCGGGUGCGUAUGGUAACCAAAUUGUUCCUAAAGUUCAUUAUUUACCUACAAUCAUUUCUAUAUAUGUUUAUUGUUUGGAUGUUAAUCGUAAUAAAACUUGGUCGAUGGAUUAUUCGAAAGUUCAAAGUGUUGUUUCAGAUACAGACGAGCUUCUAAAACAAAUAUCAAUGCAUCAAAAUAACCUUGAAAAUGUUGAAGAUUCAAAAGCAUUACAAACAUACUCUCUUGAUAUUAAAAUUGCUUCAUAUACAUGGUAUAAUCUUCUACUUGAAAUUCUUCUGUCAUCGGAUUAUUUACCAUCGAGUAGUACAUUUCGUGAGUUUAUUCAAAUUCUUCGAGAAUAUUGUUCUAAUGAUGAGUACGGGUCAAGUCUAAUAACUACAUUUGAAAAAACCUAUGAUUCACAAGACGCUGUUCUAUGGCUGACAAACGAUACACCACUGGUACGUUUUGUUAAUAAAGCAUUACGUGAACAAGACAUCAAUAUGUUAUUUGUUUUGCGUUUCCUUCUGAUUGAUAUUCAUAAACAACUGAUGAAACAUCAAGCAAAUUCAUUGCGUGUAUUUCGAAUACAACAGAUGAUGAAAUCACAAAUGGACCAUAUUUUAGCGAAUCCAGGUCAAAUAUUAACAUUUAAUGGGUUUCUAUUUGCAUCUACAGACAAAAAUAAAUUGAUUUCUACUAUGAAAGCGGAUGAUCAAUUUGAAACAGUUCUGGUUGAUAUAAAAGCAACAUAUCGUCCUGGUGUAGCAUCUUUUGCUGUUCUUUCUGAUAUAAAUUCUGAUAUUAGUAAGCAAAUAGGUCACGAGGUACUUUUUAUGUGCGAUUCAAUAUUUCGAAUUGGUUCACUAACACUACGCAAUUCAAUUUGGGUACUUGAGCUAACGUUAAUCGGCGACAAUGACCUGAAUGAAUUAUCGAAAAUGAAAGAACAAUUAAAAUGCGAUCUUAAUUUAUGCAUUAUAAGUGAUUUGCUUCAUUAUUGCGAAAAGCCAGAUAAGGCGAUAGCUUAUUGCCAACGCCUUUCCAAUGAAUUGCCAAAACAGCAUGCUUUAAUGCCACGAAUAAAUAAAGAAUUAUCGAAGACAAGUCGUCAAACAAAUUCAUGUAAAUGA